GCCAUUAUUCUCUCUGCUGUUGCUUUAUUCACGUUAUCGUCGAAUCUUAUUUUCAUCGUCAUCAUGCUUUGUACGAACAGAACGAGAAAUGACAGUCGUAACAAAAGCAAUGAUAACACCAUAACCAUGAUGCUAAUGAUGUCAAUGGCGAUAUCUGAUAUCACCUGCAGUAUAUCUGUGAUGCCGUUAAGUAUCGUUGAGGUCAUCGAAAAUGGAAAAUGGAAUUUAGGAGAAACGUGGUGCACUGCACGACUAACGAUCAACAAUUUCCUCUGUUCCGUCUCUAUAUUUCACGUCAACUGCAUGGCAUUGGACAUGUACAUGGCAGUGUGUAAGCCACUGUUCUAUAGACUGUUAACAAAUAGAACUGGAUAUAUCAUGGUCAUGGUCUCCUGGCUUGUACCAUCUGCCUUGGUCGUGUUGCCUCGUCUUAUUGGUUUGGAUAAAUUAGGGGCGAAAGAAAGUGUAGAAUGUGUUGGGGACAAAUGUACAAGUAUUUAUACGCAGUCAAUAUUUUUUAUUGUCUUAACUGUGGUCGUCCCUUUGCCAUUUUUAACUUCGUAUGUCUUUUAUUUCUUUAUACUUCGAGAAGUUUCACGUUUCCACAAGCGGAAGCCAAAAUAUUCAAAUAAACCCAGUGCUGGACGACAUGAAGACAUUUGUGAGAAGUCAAAUAGCACAGAUUGUUCAAAAGAUGACACUUUGGCUAGUACCAUAUCAGCUAAGCACACGUUUCUCGUUGAUUCCCCCCAAGCAGAACACUUGGAAUCUGUUGCUUCCAAUGGUAUUGCUUUAAAAUCUGGCAUUGUUUCAUUUGAUUUCAAUAACGAUGUUCAAAUUGCGAAUCGCAGUGAAUUGACCAUUUCGACAAUGCUGGAUACGAGCGUCGCGUCCAGAAACAUGGAGGACGAAAGGGAGACCUGCAGUUUGGGAACGUCCAACGACCGUAACGUCAAAGGUUUCACAGAAUUCGAUACAACUGAAUCGAACAGCUCCACUCAUGCGUUUAAACGCUACACGCCCUCCGCACCCCAAAAGGAUGAGAACGCCAACUUGAGCUUGACACGGAGAGUUAAAACUGAUACCUCUACUGAGACGGCUCAGGGUCAAGAUGACACCUCGACUGUGGCCGCUCAGGGUCAAGAUGACACCUCUACUGUGACCGCUCAGGGUCAAGAUGACACCAAAUUAGUUACAAACCAACCGGCACUGUUAACAUCUGAAACCACCGUGUCCUCGAACCAAUCGAUGACGUCACGUUCCAACAUGGCGACAAAGGCGUAUCGCACUGUCGGGGGUCUUGUCUUUUGCUUCACGGUCUGCUGGUUUCCGUCCUGGAUCUUUCUCAGCGUGUACCUGCAGUUUGAGAGCACGAUUCCCCAGUGGGCAGUCUUUUUGAUCACGUGGUUAGGGUACAGCAACGCCGCCUUCAAUCCUAUACUGUAC